GGGGUAGUCCCGUUGUCUCAGCUACUCAGAUCGGUGGGUGGGCGCCCGCGAAAAUAAACCACGGCGAGACCAGAGAUGGACCUGGUGGUCUUUGAGGAUGUGGCUGUCACCUUCUCCCCGGAGGAGUGGGUUCUGCUGGAUUCUUCCCAGAAGGAGCUCUACAGAGCGGUGAUGCUGGACAUCUGUGGGCACCUGGCGUCCAUGGAUGAUGUUCCUAGCUUUGCUGGUGGGACUGUUUCUCAGCAAGAUAUUUAUGAGGAUGAAAGCACCAAGGAAUGUGAAACAGCAGAGUGGAGCAGAGACAACUCCUGGGCUCCAGGUUUUGGAAAAACUUGUGGAAAAGAUAACAGUGAAGAAGAUUAUCACACAACAGAGACCUGGCAUUCCAGCAAUCACUGGGCGCAAAGCUUCCCUGAGGUGAAGGAUCUGUGUGUCGAGCAGGGCCUCGGCCAGAUUCUAGACUUCCACACCUACCAGAAAACGCUCACCGUUCUCAAACACGAUGACGAUGCCGCCGGCGUGCACGGGACCGACUCCGUGCAUCCGCCGCUGCCCCCGAGCGACGCCCCGGGCCGCCGGGUCCGCCGACUUCACCGGUGCCCGGAGUGCGGGCUGGGCUGCAGCUGCCCGUCGGUCCUGCGCCGGCACCUGCGCAUCCACAGGGGCGAGCGGCCCUACGCGUGCGUCACCUGCGGCCGCACCUUCCCGCACACGUCGUCCCUGAACCGCCAUCGGAAGAUCCACACGGCCGAGAAGCCCUUCGCCUGCCCGCAGUGCGGGAAGGGCUUCAUCGACAUGUCCAGCCUGAGCAGCCACGCGCGGACCCACACGGGCGAGAAGCCCUACGAGUGUCCGCAGUGCGGGAAGGCCUUCGGCUACUCGUCCACCUUCCGCCGCCACCGCAUCAUCCACACGGGCGAGAAGCCGUACCGCUGCCAGGAGUGCGGCGAGGCCUUCAGCUACUCGUCCACCUUCCGCCGCCACCGUGUCACCCACACCGGCGAGAAGCCCUACGCGUGCCAGGAGUGCGGCGAGGCCUUCAGCUUCCCCGCCGCCUUCCGCCGCCACCGCAUGGCCCACACCGGCCGGACGCCCCACGCCUGCGAGCACUGUGGCAAGACCUUCAUCUACCUGCAGUCGUUCCGCCGCCACCAGCGCAUCCACACGGGGGAGAAGCCCUACGCGUGCGGCCACUGCGGCAAGACGUUCGUCCACCUGCAGUCGUUCCGCAGGCACGAGCGCACCCACGAGGAGGAGGACGACGACGACGUCGUCGUCGUCGCCGCGCAGAAGCCCUACGCGUGCCACCGGUGCGGGACGGCCGUCAGCCCGCCCGUGGCCGCCUUCCUCGGCCCCGCUGCCGCCGCCGCCGCGGUGGCGGCCCCGGGGGAGCAGCCUCAGGUGGCCACCCCGUGUGGGCAGCCCCUCGGCUGGCCCCUCUCCCUGCGGAGACACCUGCAGCCCCGCGCCGCCGGGGAGCAGCCCCCCGCGUGGGAGCUGCUGGAGGGCGCCUUCCGCCAGGACCACGGGAGGCCGCAGCCCGGGGAGCGUCCUUACGAGUGUCCGCUCUGCGGGCCGGGCUGCCGCGGCCACGGGGCCUUGCAGAAGCACCUGAAGGGGCCCACGGUGGACAGGCCCCAGGCGUGUCAGCAGUGCGGCCAGGCGUUCCUCUGGCCCGAGCUGCUCCCGCAGCGCGCGAGGGCGCCCGCUGCCACUGCCACCGCCGCUGCCACCGCCGAGAAGCCCUCCGAGUGCCAGGAGUGCGGCAAGGUCUUCAAGUGGCCGUCCUCGCUCCCCGUCCACAUGCGCCUGCACACCGGCGAGAGGCCCUACCCCUGCGGGCAGUGCGACAAAGCCUUCAGCUGCUCCUCGUCCCUGCGGAGGCACGCGAAAACGCACGCGCCAGAGCCACACCCCGGGGGCGGGAGCACAGCCGGGAGAGCGCCGGCCUGGCACGUGGCCGACCUGGGUUCGAUCCCCGGCAGCCCUUUGGGUCCCCCGAGCACCGCCAGGAGUAAUUCCUGGGCGCAGAGCCCUAAGGAGUCAGCCCUGAGCAUCGCCACGAGUGGCGCCCCCCCAAUAAAACAAAACAAAAAAGCAGAAAUGGAAUGACCCUCCCGCACACGUCAUGGGGAGCCUGCCCUGCUCAGAGGCGCAGAGUAUCUGUGCCGGGAGCAAAGCGCCUCAGGGCUGUAGAUCUGGCCUUGACUCUCUGAGUCCCCCCAGCAUCGAAGGCCACCCACAGAGGAAGGCCUUGGCAGUGCUUUGGCAAAUAGAAUUUUCGGGGCCACACAGCUCUCUGAGCACUUGUAGCUAUAGAGCACACACGUCGCAGUUGUAUGUAGAUUUUUUUUCUCUCUUAGGUUCUUAGGCAAUAAAAGUUUCAUUUCCAGAUUGUUGGACAAUUCAUGGGUGACUGGACAUGUUUAAUUUUUUUUUUUAAUGUAAGACAUUUUCUUGGAAACAGAGAGACAGAACAGUGGGUGGAGCAUUUGCCUUGCAUGCAACCAACCUGGGUUCGAUUUGCAGCAUCCUGUCAGGUCUGUGUGUUGUACCCCGACCCCGUCCCUGCUCCAGAGCCCACCAGGAGUGAUUUUUUUUUUUUCUUUUUGGGUCACACCCGGCGAUGCACAGGGGUUACUCCUGGCUCUGCACUCAGGAAUUACUCCUGGCGGUGCUCAGGGGACCAUAUGGGAUGCUGGGAUUCGAACCUGGGUGGGCCGUGUGCAAGGCAAAUGCCCUACCCACUGUGCUAUCGCUCCAGCCCCAGGAGUGAUUCUUUUUAAGCAGGACUGACCCCUGAGCAUCAUGCGUGUGGCCCAAUGACCAAAAAAAACAAACAAAAUUUUUUUUUUCCUUAAGUUAGUUUGGAAACUUAACUUUUGGAGUUUGGGGGCUGUAGCCAACAGUGUUUUGGUUAAGCCAAGGGCAUGACUCUUGGCUCUAUGCUGAGGGGUCAUUUCUGGCAGGGGUCAUUGGGGGACAAUAUAAAUACUGGGGAUCAGUCUGGGUAUUGCUGCAGGCAAGGCAGGAGGCUUAACCCUUACACUAUUUCUCUGACUUUUAAUUUCUUUUCCUUUUAUUUUGGCCAUUCCCAGCAGUGCUCAGGGCUGACUCCUGGCUCUGAACUCACAGAUCACUCCUGGCAGGCUUGGGGGACCCUAUGGGAUCACUGUAUCACUGUCAUCCCGUUGCUCAUCAAUUUGCUCAAGCGGGCACCAGUAACGUCAGCAUUGUGAGACUUGUUACUGUUUCUGGCAUAUCGAAUAUGCCACGAGUAGCUUGCCAGGCUACCGUGCGGGCAAGAUAUUCUUGGUAGCUUGCUGGGCUCUCUGAGAGGGGCAGAGAAAUAGAACUGGGGUCGGCUGCGUGCAAGGCAAAUGCCCUACUCGCUGUGCUAUCGGGAUGCCGGGGAUCAAAUCCAGGCUGACUAUGUGCAGGGCAAGUGCCCUCCUUGAUGGACUAUCGCUCCGGCCCCUGAGAGAACAUUUCAGGGGCUGAAGUGGAGCGACAGUCCAGCAGGGAGAGCAGUUGCCUUGCACACAGCCAAUCCGGGUUCGAUCCCCUUGUCCUGUAGAGUCUCCUGAGCACUGCCAGCAGUAAUCCCCAAGUGCAGAAUCAGGAGUAAGCCCUGAGCAUCACCGGGCGUGGUCCCAAAACCAAAAUCAAAUUGAAACAAAAAUAAAGCGCACUUCAAGUCAGUUAGAGCUUUAAGUCAUUCUGGCUUUCCGUGUCCAUAGAUCUGUCCAACUGCUGGCCACAGACAGGACGAUCCCUGAAGCGCUAACUUCCUUGGGCCCUGAGGCCCUUUGGCGCCCCCUUCCCAGGGCUCCUGAAUCACUCACCCAAACAUGUCCAAAUUAUGCCCCCUUCCCUUCUCCCCUUCGGUGUCAUGUCCCCCUGCCUGUGUCUGGUGGGGCUCCUGAUACGAGGACUAGUCUCCCACUUGCCACCUCGUAAAGUACUGAAGAAUAAAGCUCCCCUGUGCUAUCUUUGUUUUUUUUUUUUUUUUGCCAACGCCCCCCCUCUGCUGUUCUCAGGGGUUACUCCUGACUCAGUGCUCAGGGAUCACACUUGGUGGUGCUCAAGAGACCAGAUGGGGUGCUGGGGAUCAAACCUGGGCCAGGCACAUACAGACCAAGUGCCCUUCCCACUAUCCUCUCUCCUACCCCUCUGGCUUCAUUUUUGUUUUUUGUUUUGUCUCGGGCCAGACCUGGCAGUGCUCGGGGCUUACCCCUGACUCUGUGCUCAAGGAUUACUCCUGGUGAUGCUCAGGGGGCCCUAUGGGUCGCUGGGGAAACCCAAAUCCAAAAGAGUUGUGUGCCAUCAAGCUAGACACAAUUAUCUAGAAUUCUGGUUUUUCCUAAAUGUGUAAGAUGAGAUUUUUAAAUAACUCAUCUAACAAAAAAGAAUUUUGAUGUUUCUGAAUAUUCUGCCUUCAGUGAUAAAAUUAUUUGAUCCUAAAUAAGGAGUUAGAUGAGAAUAAACCUCAUUACAAUGGGAAGCAUGAACUCAAAGGAUGUUCUCUAACAAGAGAAUGGGCACGGGGCUGGAGAGACAGGACAGUGAGGAGGUGUGUUUGCCUUGCAAGUGGUUGACCUGGGUUCGAUCCCUGGCAUCCCCUAGGGUCUCCCAAGCACUUCCAGGAGUAAUUCCUGAAUGCAAAGUCAGGAGUAACCUCUGAACAUCACUGGGAGUGGCUCUCCCCAAAUAAACACCCCCCAAAUCCCAAAUAAACCCAAAGCAGGCUUAUUGGGGUGCUCCUGGUGAGGUUCAAGGGUCUCUAAAGAGGCCAGUGAAGUUGCACCCGAUGUAUGGCUGAAUGGGUAUCCUUGUUUAAACUUUUUAUUAAAAUUUUUUUUUUUUUUUUUUUUUUUUGCUUUUUGGGUCACACCCGGCGAUGCACAGGGGUUACUCCUGGCUCUGCACUCAGGAAUUACCCCUGGCCAUGCUCAGGGGACCAUAUGGGAUGCUGGGAUUAGAACCCGGGUCGGCCGCGUGCAAGGCAAACGCCCUACCCGCUGUGCUAUCUCUCCAGCCCCUUAAAAAAUUUUUUUAAUCGAAGGAAGGAAUUUAUCUUUUUUUGAGGGGGGAGCACGUCCGACAAUGCUCAGGGGUUACUCCUGCUCUGCACUCAUAUAUCAGGGGGCCCUAUGGGAUGUUAGGGAUGGAACCCAGGUUGGCGGUGUGCAAGGAAAGCUCCCAACCCACUGUACUGUCUCUCCGGCCUGCACGGGCAUCUUAGAGGGCAACUUGCUGUGGGGGAGGGGGGUGGAGUGGGAUGUGGGAGUAGCUUGAGCAACUCAGUCUAUUCUGGGUAGCAGGUUCUGUCUCUGCCAGACAGGGAUUGGCUGGCACCAGGGCCUGCUGUUGCCAGCUUGGAGCUUCUGUGCAAGUUCCAGAAAUUCCAACGGGUUGAAAACAUUGCUGGUGGCUUCAAGAGCCCCGUCUGCAGGUUCUCACUAGCGAUUCCAAGGUGCUCUUUGGCUCAGAGCCCCCUGGGCCCACCCAACAGGGCUAUUGCUUAGAAAGAUGUGAGACAAAGAGGGGAAAUAUAGUUCAAGCCCAACACAGGCUGGGGCCGCAGGGGAGGUACAGCAGGGAGGGCACUUGGCCUUGCACACUGCUGACCUGGGUUCCAUCCCUAGCAUCCUGAGCCCACCAGGGGUGAUCCCUGAGUAUCCGAGCACCGCUGGGUAUGGCCUAAAAACAAAAUAAAAAAAAAGAGAGAGAGAGAGAGAGGGCCCGGAGCAAUAGUACAGCUGGUAGGGUGAUUCACACGGCUGACUCAGGUUUGAUCCCCGGAUCCCAUAAGGUCCCCUGAGCACCACCAGGAGUAAUUUCUGAGCUUUUGCUGGGUGUGGCCGAAGAGGGGUGGGGAGAGAGAGAGACGAGAGGCAGAGAUGAGAGAUCAGAGACAGAGACAGAGAGAGGAAAUAAGCAUAAAGCAGAGACAAGCAAGCGAGAGAUAUGUUUCAAGCUUGAAGAACAAGACUAGAGCAACUGAUAAAGGGGCUGGAGCACUGCCAGGAGUGACUUCUGCAGACUCCUCCCGGGGAGGAGUGGAGGGGGGCAGGCAUGCUGGAGCCCGCGACUGGGAGGCUGGUCUCUGCAGCCCCAGCUCCCCACUCCCUGGCCCCCCACAGCCCCAAAUGUGAGCUCCCAGUUUCACCUGUUGCACAAUGACAAGUUACUCCUUUUCCCUGACCACCUCUGCCCUCCAGAUUGGAGUUGAGAACCGCUUCCAAAAUGCAGGACUCGCACCAAACACGGCCCCUUCCAGCUGCGGAUCAACUGCCUCUCAGUCCCGUCCUGCCACAGGGUCCUCGAAGGCACACAAGUGACAGGGACCCGCACAGAAGGGGGCUGACAGGGGGCGGAGUCAGAACCGAGGCCCCGUCCUCUUUCUGAUUGGGCGGCGUGGUGAGACCUGCACCUUGAUUGGAAACUGAGGAGUCCCCAUUGCACGUGCUUCCCCAAGCUCCUAGUUGGAGCAAGUGACCAGGCACGGCCCUGUGCCACAAUGGAUCAGAACCCUGAAAUGGGCUCAUCUGGUUGCUAGCAGAUCUCUCUAUGUGGCCAGAAGGGGACAAGAAGUCCAGGACACCACCUAGGUCGGGCCAGGGCAGUCACGGUAGAUGUGUGAUCUGUGAGGUCUAAAUUCUUGGGGCCAACUGGCGUAGUAGCUGGGUUAUCAGUACAGAGGGCGCCACCCUCUGGAAGGACGUGUCCUUUGACGUGAGGCCAUGACAACGGUGGGCGGCCACAGGAAGUGCUCUCUUCUGGUGAACGUUUGCAGGAGAAUGUCAAGUUCUGGCAGUGACAGGGGGCACUGGUCACCAAGGGAAUGAACGGGCAAAAAUCCCAGAUGGCUUGGAAGUGUUUUCUGCAUCAAUGAUCAGAAAGGAUUCAGUUAUUGUGUGGGGAUGAUUCGGCUUUUGUGUUGGAACGGUGACUUGGAACAUCGGAUUAAUCUUCAGACUAUUGGUAUAAAUCUAGAGAUGAGAUUGAUGGCAUUCCCCACCCUGGUGGUCCUUCGAGUUUGAACAUGCCUCUGACAACCAACCGCAGGCCAGGCCUCCCCGCUAUGGAUGGAAGUUAGCAACCCUGAGGAAUCCGGAUGUACCACGUCCUAUAUCCCACCUGGAUUUAUGCCGCCUCAGAAACCCCAUUCUGCACUGUAGCACUGUUGUACUGUCAUCCCAUUUUUCAUCGAUUUGCUCGAGCGGGCACCAGUAACGUCUCCAUUGUGAGACUUGUUGUUACUGUUUUUGACAUAUCAAAACACUACUGGAGGGAUCGGAGCGAUAGCACAGCGGGUAGGGCAUUUGCCUUGCACGCGGUAGACCCUGGUUCGAUCCCCGGCAUCCCAUAUGGUCCCCCAAGCACUGCCAGGAGUAAUUCCUGAGUGCAAAGCCAGGAGUAACCCCCGAGCAUCGCUGGGUGUGACCCAAAAAGCAAAAAAAAAAAAAAAAAACAAACACUCCUGGUAGCUUGCCAGGCUCUGCUGUGUGAGUGGGAUACUCUCGGUAGCUUGCUGGGCUCUUGGAGAGGGACGGAGGAAUCGAACCUGGGUCGGCUGCGUGCAAGGCAAAUGCCCUACCCGCUGUGCUAUUGCUCCAGCCCCCAUUCUGCACUACCAUUGUCAAUAUCCAUGCUCUGGGGGAAGGGGUUCUCCCAAGCAAUACUCAGGGCUGUGUUGGGCCAAGGUGCUCAGUGCUAAAGCUCUCAAGUGCUCAGCGGCCAUGUGGUGCUGGGGAUGAAACCCUCUAACUGCUGUACAACCUCCAGGCCCCAUAUCCACACACUGAAAGGGCGAUUUUGUCUUGGUGUCCAUAAUUUCAUUACCUUUCAUUAGAGAACAAAAACAGACUAGCUUAUUUUACUUCCGGCAGCAAUAGCUCAAGAGAACAUCACUGAACAUGAUUAUUUUCGGGGAAACCUCCCCCUUAAUAACCACCCCCUCCAGGUUGGGAUAGUCCCCUGGGUAAAGUUGCCUGAGUUUAACUCAGGUAAUCAGGGUUGCAAAUGUGCCUAGGCCAGAAAUGAAUGACUGACUUUAAUGCUAUACUUUGCUCUUUUUUUUUUUUUUUUUUUUUUUUGCUUUUUGGCUCAUUCCCAGCAGUGCUCAGGGGUUACUCCUGGCUCUGCACUCAGGAAUCACUCCUAGCGGUGCUCGGGGGACCUUAUGGGAUGCUGGGAAUUGAAGCCAGGUUGAGCCGCGUGCAAGGCAAACGCCCUCCCUGCUGGGCUAUCGCUCCAGCCCCUAUGCUUUGCUCUUAAUGGACCUAUUCAUUCUUUUGUUUUCUUGAGCCACCCCAACAGUGCUCAGGGCUUUCUCCUGGCUCUGCGCUUAGGGAUCACUCCUGGCGGGGUUGGGGGACAAUAUAGGGUGCUGGAAAUCAAACCCGAGUUGGCCACAUGUGAGGCAAGUGCCCUACCCAUUGUACUAUCAUUCUGGUCCCAUUUUAUUUUUUGGGGGGGUGCCAUACGCAGCAAUGCUCAGGUCUUACUCCUUACUCUGCACUCAGGGAUUACUAUUGUUGGUGCUGGGGACCAUAUCAGAUGCUGGAUAUCAGACCCGGCUCAGCUGUAUGGAAGUCAAGCACCCUACCAACUGUAUUAUCUCUUUGGCCCAGGUCCCAUGUUAAUUCUCUAUGUACCUAUUAACUUUUCUGGGGGGGUCGGGGGUACACUCAGUAAGCCCUGAGAGCCACAGGUGUGGCCCAAAAAGCAAAAAAAAAAAAAAAUCGAAGCACAUGGGGUCAGAGUAAUAAUAUAGUAGGUAGGGCGUAUGCCUUGCACACAGCUGACCUAGAUUUGUUCCCUGGCAUCCCAUAUGGUCUCCCAAGCAUCGCUAGAAAUAAUUCCUGAGUGCAGAGCCAGGAGUAACCCCUGAGCAUCACUGGUGUGACCCAAAAACCGAAAGACACACACACAAAAGAAAAUAAAAAAGAAAAACAAAAAAGGACGUAGCUCAAUUUUUUAGAGGUGUCACUGUGAGAUUAAAUUUUGUAUUAUGUGUAGUCCUAGUACUAAAGUAUGUAAGCCUUAACCUUUUUUUCCCUUAAAUUAGCUGUAUGCACAAAUGUCUUCAUUUAUUUUCAUAAAGCAGAAAAAGUCAAGUCAUUGUAUUGUCUUUUUUUAACCCUCCCUCCAAUAAUGGGAAAUGGUGCAGAUAAGGGUUUGUUAAUCAAGUGAGUGAGGCGAGAUAUGUAAAAUACAGAGAAGCUAUAUAAAUCAUGGUAUCAAAUGAUGAAGUUUGGUCUAUAAAAUGUAAUGUAUUUAUAAAUUCUCAACAGGUGCCACAAAGGCUGAAUUAGAAGCUUCAUGUCUGCAUGGAACUUCCUAUAUAUAUAUAUAUUUUGCUUUUGCUUUUUGGGUCACACCCGGCGAUGCACAGGGCUUACUCCUGGCUUAUACACUCAGGAGUUACUCCUGGCAGUGCUUGGGGGACCAUAUGGGGUGCUGGGAAUCGAACCUGAACCUGGGUCGGUCGCUUGCAAGGCAACCACCCUGCCCACUGUGCUCCAGCCCCAGAACUUCCUAUAUAUAUAUAUAUAUAUAUUUUUUUUUUUUUCUUUUUGGGUCACACCUGGCAAUGCACAGGGGUUACUCCUGGCUCUGCACUUAGGAAUUACCCCUGGCCGUGCUCAGGGGACCAUAUGGGAUGCUGGGAUUCGAACACGGGUCGGCCGCACGCAAUGCCCUACCCGCUGUGCUAUUAUUGCUCCAGCCCCAAACUUCCUAUAUUUUUAAUGUGUAUGAUGGCAUUAAUUUUUCUGGAAUAGUAAACUCUGCCUAUUGCUCUGAAAAAAAAAAAGAAUAAAAGGAAUAUGCAGAAGCAGCAUUGCCAGUAAUGAGUCAAGUCCUCUCAAUGCAGCUAGGCCUACAAACCGGUGCUACCUUUCACCCUCAUCUCAGCCACAAAAGCAUUUGCCUCCCAAAUAAUGCAAUUAUCCACCCCCACACGGGGAGAUCCACAUGGGCUUCCCACUUCCGCAUGGAGGCUCACUACCUUGCUCUCUGCUUGGAGAUCCCUGACAUAAGGUUUAUACUAUUAGGAAUAAGAGAUACUUGACAUUUACUUACAGUUUUUAAAAAAUGUUUUUGGUUUUUGGGUCACACCCAGCAUUGCUCAGUGCUUACUCCAGGCUUUGCAUUCAGGGAUUUCUUCUGGCAGUGCUCAGGGGACCCUGUGGGUUGUCGGGGAUCGAACCUGGGUUGGUUGCAUGCAAGGCAAGUGUCCUCCCUGCUGGACUAUUGCUCUGGCCCAGGAAUAAGAUACUUGAAUUUAAAAAGAGAAGACAGGAGUAAAAGGAAAACACACUGGCGACAAAACUGCUAAAGGAUAUGAUCUUUAGUACUUCAAUACCAGAAUAAACUUGACACAAUAACAGUUAUAUGUUCUCUAGAAUGAGCUAUCUUUAUAUACUUUCCUUGUUAAAUAUAAUAGAUAACACUCACAGAGACAUUUGUAAAUCUAGGUGACACGUUUUCUAAAAAAUAGAAAACUUUCUUCUCCCCCGAUGGUUUUUGGGUUAUACUUGGCAAUGCUGAACACAUAAAGCUAUUUGGUUUCUUUAUAAAGCUUUAUGUGUUGGGCUGGAGCCAUAGCAUAGCGGGUAGGGCGUUGCACCCGGCCAAACUGGGUUCGAUCCCUCUGUCCCUCUUGGAGAGCCCGGCAAGCUACCGAGAGUAUCUUGCCCACACGGCAGAGCCUGGCAAGCUACCCAUAGCAUAUUUGAUAUGCCAAAAACAGUAACAAGUCUCACAAUGGAGAUGUUACUGGUGCCCACUUGAGCAAAUCGAUGAGCAACGGGAUGACAGUGAUACAGUGACUUGGUGAUGCUCAGGGGUUACUCCUGACUCUGUAUCAGGAAUUAUUCCUGGCUCUGCACUCAGGAAUUACUCCUGGCAGUGCUUGGGGGACUCUAUGGGAUGCUAGGGAUCAAACCCAGGUUGGCUGCAUGCAAGACAAGCGCCCUUCCCGCUGUUCUAUCUUUCUGGCCCUUAGAAAACUACUCUUAGCAAAAACAACAAAUUCAUUUGUCCAACAUAUAAAGGAAUGAAACAGGUAGUCAAUAAAAAUGGAAGUAGGGUUGGGGAUGGGGGUUGGCAUGAUAGCACAUGGGUUUCAUCUUGGCACCAAAAUAAAAAAGAAACUGGAAUUAAGACUGGUGUGUAAUUUAGGGCACCAAAAGUUGUAAGAGAAAGGGCCCAGAGACAGUGUAUUCUUAAGUGCCUCUUUCAAUAAUGGAAGAAUCCAGAAAUAAGGGGCAGCUUCCCUCAAUGAAACUUGGGAAGUGAGUUUCCAACAUUGUGGCUGGGGGGUAGGGGAGAUAUUGUGUUUGUGUGUGUGUGUGUAGGUUCAACAGGAUGUGUGUCUGCUAUGAGGAACAAGGCGCUGACACUUCCCAGAAAUCAUGUCACUAUGUCUUUAGAAAUGCUGGGGAUGUAGGGACCUGCAGGGUGAGGCAAUUCCCAGCAAGAAGCUGAGGAAGUGGCCUGGUAGCCUCUAAGGAGCCAGAGGAAAAUGCAAGGCUCUGUGGCAACCUGCAAGCAGAGGGUCUGUGGCCUUUGCUGCUGAUGCUGGAAUUAAUGUUCAGGGCGUGAUGUUGGGUUCCCAGGGGCCGAGCCUCAUGUCAUAAAAUUCUGCUGAAAUGCAGGCCCACAGAUUUCCACACAUCUAUCCCUUAAUGAUGAGGAAUGACUCAGCAGGAGUGACCCCCGAAGCACUGUCAGGUAUGGUCCACAAAAAAGCAAAAUUUCUUUCCACAGUAACAUUUUCUUUCUUUUGGCUUUUUGGGUCACACAUGGCGAUGCUCAGGGGUUACCCCUGGAUCUGCAAUCAGGAAUUACUCCUGGUGAUGCUCAGGGGACCAUAUGGGAUGCUGGGGAUUGAACAUCAAACUAAGAAGCUUCUGCACUUCAAAAGAAACAAUGACCAAAAUACAGAGAGCCCACAGGACGGGAAAGAAUAUUUACCCAAUAACCAUCUGGUAAGGGUUUAAUAUCCAGGAUAUACAAGACACUAGUAGAAUUGUACAAGAAAAAAAUCUUCCAACCCCAACAAAAAAUGGGGAGAAGAAAUGAACAGAAGCUUCCUCAAAAAAAAAGAAAUACAAAUGGCCAAAAGGCACAUGAAAAUAUGCUCCACAUCACUAACAUCAGGGAGAUGCAAAUCAAAACAACAAUGAGAUACCAUCUCACACCACUUGCUGCAUGCAAGGCAAAUGCCUCCUCAUUAUACUAUCACUCAGGCCCCUCCACAGUUUUGGGGAGGAACACAAAAAUAGUAUCCAACAGAAUCAAAUGUAUUAAGAGGAACUAAAAAUUUUUAUUUAUUUACUUAUUUAGGUUUGGGGGCCACACCCAGCAAUUCUCAUGAUUGUACUCCUGCUAUGCACUCAGAAAUUAAUCCUGGCAGUGCUCGAGGGACCUUAUGGGAUUUCAGGGAUUGAGUCUGGGUCAGCCGCACACAAGAAAAUCACCCUAUCCCCGUACCAUCUCUCUGGCCCCUUAAAGUUUUAGUAACUAAAAAAUGCAGAAAUGGGGACCGGAGAGGAAGUAAACAGGUUCGGAGACUGCCUUGCCUGUGGUUCAUCCCUGCUUGAUCCCCAGGACCACAUAGGGUUCCCUGAGCACAGCUAGGUGUGCCCCCUCCUCCAUCAAAAAAAAAAUAUAUAUAUAGCAAAGAUGGGGAGAUAGCAAAUCAGAAAUGCCCAAGAUCUGGAAUAGUGGACCAGAAAGGAAUGUAAACAAAGGAGACAAAACCUUUCAUGUAAAAUGUUGUUCUUCUGCAUGCUGAAAACAGGUAAGAGAACAAACAUAACCUCUCUGUACCUUAACUGCAAACCAUAAUGCCCAAAUGCCCAAAAGGUGGGGGAAGGAGGGAUGAAGGAAGCAGGGGAAAAGGAAGGAGAGAGAGAGAGAGAGAGAGAAAAGGAAAGUAUCUGCUAUAGAGACAGGCUGGGGAGGGUGGCAGGAGGGAAACUGGGUAUAUUGGGUGGUGGGAAAUGUACACUGGUGGAG